GAACGGGACUGACACGGCUCCGCCCGGGAUGGCACUGACACGGCUCUGCCCGGAACGAGACCCACUCAGCUCCGCUCGGAACGAUCCGGGCUCUGCUCCGUCCGGCACGGGACCGGCUCCGCUCCGCUCGGGAUGGUCCAGGCUCCGCUGUGCCUGGAACGGGACCGGCUCCGCUCCCUCCGCCGCCCGGAGCCUGCAGCGAGCCCGGUGCUAAAGGUGCAGCUCUCAGGGGACGAUGUUCCACAAAAUCAUGUCAUUUUUGAGGCGAGAAAAGCCCUCUGAGAGCAUCGAGUCCAAGGUUAACCCAGCAGGGCCAAACCACCGCUAAACCGUGUCCCCAGGUGCCACAUCUUCACACAGUCAAAUCCCGGCAGGGACGGGGCCCCACCCCUCACCUGAGCAGCCUGUGCUGGUGCCCACACACCCUCUGCGUGAAGAACCUUUUCCUAACAUCCUGCCUAAACCCCCUGACAUGCCUCCAUGCUGUUCCCUCGGGUCCUGGUCACCAGAGAGGACAGAACAGCCCCUGCCCCUCCAACACCCUCAUGAGGAAGCUGCUGGAUGUGAUGAAGGCUCCCCUCAGUGUUCUCCAGGCUCAACAAACCAAGCAAAACAAAAAUCAACAUUUUAACUGCACGAGGAUCAGAAAAAUAGUGUAUUUAGCAAUAUACAAUCACUUAUAUUAAUUCACAGCACAUUAGAAAAUACUGCUUUUUAUAAAGGACAAAAUAACUUAGAAACUCAGUUAAUAAAGAAGGUUUUGGCUGUGCUGUUUGCUCUCCUGUGAGGUUUGGCUGCCUCGAAGAGCAGAUCAGGAAGGAAAGACCAAGCUGUCCUUUGAAUUCAAAGCACACGAUUCAGAGUAUUGUACUAAAGUGGAGCAGUUCCAAACUAAUGUGAAUUGUCCCUCCUCUGACAGCACUGAGGUGCUCAUGGGCCACAGGAAAAGCUUGGGCAAGAUAUAAACCACUCAUUUUGCAGUAAAGCACUUCUAGAACUCAUUUUUAGUGUCUUUGAAAGUGUUGUGACUCACAAGACAGUGGCCCCCAUCUCUGUGGAGGUGCUGUUUUAAUGAACAGGCACAAUUCUUCAGCUGAGACCCUUCCACGUUGGUAUUUGCACUCCAUAAAUGAAGCUGCAGCUGGAGGCCAACGUUUGUGUUGCAGAGAUUCAAAAACGAGGUGUUCUUUUAGAUUUCCAUCACAGCCUUAGGGCAGAAGAGUGAAAAGCAGAAAAACGACCUUGCUGUUGGCUGCUGUCCCUGCACCUUGUCAGACAGUAAUUAAACAUUCAGUGGAAGCAAGAUGUGGGGGAACAGAAUUCAUUUGAAAGCUCUUUCUCAUUCUUUUUGUACCAAGGGUGAGACGCUGAAGCUCAGGGCUGGCACCAAGAAAUGUGAUGCUGUUUGCUGUGAGCAGUAUGCCCAAAUCCAGCUUGCAAAUCUGGCAGCUGAUUUUCCAUCAUUAGCACAUUCUUGAGAGAAAACAAGGCCUGGCAGAAAAGGGGGGAGAGGCAGAAACAGCAGAAGCUUUUUAUGGAGCUUGCAUCAGAUGACCUAGUGGCUGUGCUUCCCUUUGUCUCUCUCAAGCUCCAAGAGCAGAUUCCAGGCUGUUCAGCACUGGGCCAGCUCCAGCACCAUGGCUUUCUCCUGGCAGGCAGUGCUGGCCUGCAGGAAAUACCUCAUCAUCGUCCUGGUACCCCUCCUGUUUCUCCCUCUGCCCCUGGUUCUGCCCACCAAGGAGGCCCUGUGUGGCUAUGUGAUCAUACUGAUGGCACUUUUCUGGUGCACAGAAGCCCUGCCUUUGGCUGUCACAGCUCUCCUGCCCGUCCUGCUGUUCCCACUGAUGAAUAUCAUGGAUUCAACAACAGUCUGUCAGGAGUACCUGAAGGACACCAACAUGCUCUUUGUGGGCGGCCUAAUGAUGGCCAUUGCCAUCGAGACCUGGAACCUGCACAAGCGAGUGGCUCUGAGGGUCCUGCUGAUCACUGGUGUCAGGCCAGCCCUACUCCUGAUGGGUUUCAUGGUGGUGACAGCUUUCCUGUCCAUGUGGAUCAGCAACACAGCCACCACUGCCAUGAUGGUGCCCAUAGCACAGGCCGUGAUGGAGCAGCUGCACAAGUCAGAAGCAGAGUCUGGCACCACUGGCCCAGGGUCUGAACACACCAACAAAGCCUUUGAGCUGCAGGAAAAGCCACCUGACAGCUCCAAAGAGCCAGAGGAAAAAGGUAAUUCUCAUGUCCUGGUAGUUGAGGAAGAGAGAAAGAGAAAUGAAGAGAUUGAGGAGAAACACUUGAAGCUGUCCAAGGGAAUGUCCCUCUGCAUUUGUUACUCAUCCAGCAUUGGAGGGAUUGCCACUCUGACUGGGACAACCCCAAAUCUGGUGCUGCAAGGACAAGUUAAUGACAUCUAUCAAGGCAAUGGUGGCAUCAUCAACUUUGCCUCCUGGUUCUCCUUCGCCUUCCCCACCAUGAUGGUGCUGCUGAUUUUGGCCUGGGUUUGGCUGCAGAUCCUCUUCUUGGGCUUCGAUUUUAAGAAGAAUUUUGGUUGUGGUGUCAGUCCUGCUGCCAAGGCUAAGGAGAAACAGGCCUAUGAAAUCAUCAAGGAAGAGAGCAAGAAACUGGGCAAAAUGAACUUUGCAGAAAUAGAAGUUUCAAUCCUCUUUGUUCUCCUGGUGGUGUUGUGGUUUACAAGAGAACCUGGGUUCAUCCCAGGCUGGGCAACAGUUCUCUUCAACAAAGACAAUACAAGCUAUGUCACUGAUGCCACAGUCGCCCUCUUCGUCUCAAUGCUGCUCUUCAUCCUCCCUUCUGGCUAUUCCAACCAGGACAGAGACCAGGAGCAAACAGGGGGCAGGGCAAAGUUCCGGGCCCCUCCAGCCCUGCUGGACUGGAAGGUGGUGCAGCAGAAGAUGCCGUGGAACAUCGUGUUCCUGCUGGGAGGUGGCUUUGCCUUGGCCAAAGGCAGCGAGGAAUCUGGCCUGUCUGCCUGGCUGGGCUCCAAGCUGACCCCUCUGCAGAGCAUCCCUCACCCAGCCAUUGCCUUCCUCCUGUGCCUCCUCAUCGCCACCUUCACCGAGUGUGCCAGCAACGUGGCCACCACCACCCUCUUCCUCCCCAUUCUGGCUUCUAUGGCUGAAGCAAUUUGCCUCAACCCUCUCUAUGUCAUGCUGCCCUGCACACUCUCUGCAUCGCUGGCCUUCAUGCUCCCCGUGGCAACUCCUCCCAAUGCCAUUGUCUUCUCCUAUGGACAGCUCAGGGUUAUUGAUAUGGCCAAAGCUGGGUUUGUGCUCAACAUCCUGGGAGUUCUGACCAUCACCCUGGCCAUCAACACCUGGGCUUCAUCCUUGUUCCAGCUGCAGACCUUCCCCUCGUGGGCCAACAGGACAGGGACCUGCCUGUGACCUGGGGGGGACAGAGCCAGCACUGCUCCUGCCAGAGCUGCAAGGAGAGCAGGGCUUUAGAGAAAAGCCUGUUCUGUGCAAAAGCACAAGCAAAACCCUCCCAGUGGUAACAGCCCUGAAACUGCCUGGUUGCUGCUGGGUUCUGCCACCCCAGCAGGAGGAGGAGGAGGAGGAGAUUUUUGGCUUCCCAGCCCUCCCACCUUUAGGUUUUCUGCCUCUGCAGGGGUGUUUGCCCCCAGUGCUUUUCCAGUAAGUCUGAAAUCUGCAGCAAGAAAAAAAGAGAGAGGUGUGAAUAGGGAAAAGGAAGGAGAGAGACUCUGGGUUCCUGAUUCUGUGCCCAGAUCUGUGCACAGCUCUCCCCCUGUACAAGUGUAAAUGCUCAAGGUGUACAUGGUUGUUAUAGACUCUGUGGGCACUGACAGUGAGCUGUGUGUUGUGUGGUCACAGAAAAAUCACUGUCAGCCCCUCCUAUUUGAAAUAUAUUUAUUUGCAGUCCCCCUGUUAGGAAUGUAAAAGAUUAAUUUUCUCCCAGAACAUGCACCUUGGUGUUAUUUAUGUCAGAUUACAGCCUGCAAGGUCAUGGUAAGAUCUUUCCUUGAAAAGGAGAGAAUCCCUGUGUCCUAAAAUAUGUAUGAUUGAAUUAAAGUUGGUUUUUUUUUCUAAUGUA